UGCAGGCUCAGAUCUCUCCCGACUUUUUAUCUAAAACUUAGACUGUUUUCUGGUAAAAUAGCACUAUAUCUGGUACAUUACUGUCUUUAUUUCAACACUCGCUCAUUUUCUCUUCCGUAACUUUCACUGUCACCAAUCACCGAUACAUUUUCUGUCCGCUAGCCUCCGUUAGCAUCUUAGCAUGGCCGCUCCGGCUCCCACCGCUUCACCUCUUUCCUGCUCAGUGUGUGAAAUGUUUAGUUAUUCCUCUGCCUCCUUUAGUGAAGACGGUAAGUGCUUAAAGUGUAGUUUAUUUGCAGGGCUGGAGGCGAGGCUCAGUCAGUUAGAGGUCCGGUUCGGCCAACUAAACCAUAGUCCGAAAGCCUCCUCAGCUAACCAGGCUAAGCUAGCGGCGGACCGGCCCGUAGCAGCUGAGCGUAACCGCUCCCCUGCAGCUCCCGAGCAGCCGGCCAGGCAGGGCAGCUGGGUGACGGUUCGGAGGAAGACUAGUCUUAAAGGGCUCACGGAACACCACCACCCGCUUCAUGUGUCUAACAGAUUUUCCCCACUUAGCGACACAUCUGUUGAGAAACCGACCCUGGUGAUUGGAGACUCCAUAGUCAGACAUGUGAAGCCGACUCCAGAGACCUUAGUUAGGUGCAUCCCGGGGGCCAGAGCGGGCGACAUAGAAGCAAAUUUGAAGCUACUGGCAAAGGGUAAUCGUAAAUAUGGUAAAGUUAUCAUCAAUGUCGGAGCUAAUGACUCCCGUCUUCGCCAGUCGGAAGUAACCAGAAUGAAUAUUGUCUCGGUGUGUAACUUCGCCAAGACCAUGUCGGACUCUGUAGGUUUUUCUGGCCCCCUCCCCAAUCUGACCAGCGAUGACAUGUUUAGUCGCAUGCUCUCGCUCCGCCGCUGGUUGUCUCAGUGGUGUUCAGAAAACGACGUGGACUUUAUUGACAACUGGGAGACAUUCUGGGGAAAGCCCGGUCUGAUUAGAAGGGACGGCAUUCAUCCCACCCGGGAUGGUGCAGCUCUUAUGUCUAGAAAUCUGGCCAAUGUUAUUAGACACUCCCCCUGACAAUGCAGGGUCCAGGCCAGGAUGCAGAGCUGUAGUUUAACAGGGCUGGAGGCGAGGCUUAGUCAGUUAGAGGUCCGGUUUGGCCAACUAGACCAUAGUCCGAUAGAAUCCUCUGCGGACCGGCCCGUAGCAGCUGAGCGUAACCGCUCCCCUGCAGCUCCCCGGCAGCCGGCCAGGCAGGGCAGCUGGGUGACGGUUCGGAGGAAGGGUAGUCUUAAAGGGCUCAGCGACACAUCUGUUGCUUCUCAAGGACCAACGCCUGCCAACAAAACUGUAGGAUUGCAUUAUGUAAUUAGCGACUCUAAAACUGUAGGAUUACAUGAUAUUGGCGACUCUGGCCAGGUGCCUAGCAAAAUAGAAGUGGUUGCAGUUCCCCGCCCUCCAAAAGUUCACCAGGUGCAGCGUUAUAGAGGCGUUAACCAAGAUAACCUUGUAAAAAUUAAAACCAAUGCACAUUUGGUACCAAUUACAGACCGAAAAAUUAGA